UCAUGGUCCUGUCCUGGAGGACCUAACUCAGCUAACAAGCCCUCUUUAGCGUUUGAGUCAAUGCCCCCAGUAGUCUCUAGUUUCCCGCCGCUUCUGGAAAUCCAACAUUUCUUUCAAAACAAGAAAGCAGUGAACAAUUGACUCCAAGCCAAACGAAGAAGAAAAUGCGACAGAAAGAGCUGAAAUUCAGCAUUGCAAUCGCAAUCGCAUGCAUCUCCGCAAUCUCUCUCUACUUUACUCUUGAUCAUCGCCGACGACGUCGUUGUGCCAGAUUAUCGUGCUAUUUAUCCUCUGAAUUCAAGCCACAAUCUUCUUUCAAGCGAGUUUUGGCUGAUAAUUCUUACUCUUCUUUCAAGCAUCUUAAGCUUUCUGAUUCUAGUAAUGCUGCUGAAUCAUCUAAUUUGCACCCUUAUGAUAGAGAGAUUAUGACGUUGUUGGAGAAUACUCAAAAUGAUUAUAUCAUUUUUGAUGAGAUUUCAAUGACGGAAAUGAGCAAGUCACAUGUCUGGGUGGAGUCAGAGUCACAAUUACAAGAACUUGUUGAUGUAUUGAGUAAAGAGAAGUUAUUUGCUGUGGACACAGAGCAGCACAGCCUACGAUCAUUUCUGGGUUUCACUGCUUUAAUACAGAUUUCAACUCAGAAGGAGGAUUAUCUUGUCGACACCAUCGCUUUACAUGACUCUAUUCAUAUGCUGCAGUCUGUUUUCUCUGAUCCUAAUGUUGUCAAGGUGUUUCACGGUGCAGACAAUGAUGUGCUUUGGCUGCAAAGAGACUUCCACAUUUAUGUGGUUAACAUGUUCGAUACUGCAAAGGCAUGUGAAGUUCUAUCUAAACCACAUAAAUCUCUGGCAUACUUACUUGAGACCUAUUGUGGUGUUACCACAAACAAAUUAUUACAGCGCGAAGAUUGGAGACAGCGCCCUCUUCCUGAAGAGAUGGUGGAGUAUGCCCGAUUAGAUGCACAUUUUCUUCUUUAUAUAGCACGAUGCUUGAUCAAGGAGCUUGAAGCAAAAGAUAAAGAUACCAGUCAACCAAAAGAUUCAACACCUCAGGAUGUCAGGUUCCAAUUCCUCCCCGAGGCUAUUCACAGGUCAAAUACGAUUAGUUUGCAACUGUUUUGUAAAGAGUCUGAUUCUUUUCCUGGAGAAUCUGUAGCAUCAUCAAUAAUUUCUCGUUAUUUGAAUAAUCAAGGAGUUUUUGUCUCUGAAAUUUCAGGACCACAGGUCCAGAAUCACAUAAGAAAACUUUGCGCCUGGAGAGACUUAAUGGCUCGUGUUCAUGAUGAGAGCUUGAGAUAUGUAUUAUCAGACCAGGCUAUUGUUGCUCUUGCGGAAAAGAACCCAGUAUCUGAAACAGAAAUCUACACCGUCAUAUCUGCAGCUGAUGAAGAUAAUGAUUCAAACCCAUCCUCAUUCAGCAUAAUAUCACCAUCUCCUGUGAUCUACAGUCAUUGGGAUGAUGUCCAUGGCUUGUUGAAAGAAGAACAAAGCAACUCUGUUGAUAUUUUGAGAAGGCUUCUUCAUAAGCACCUUGGUCCAAAUGGGAGUUGCUCUCUGUCUACUUACAACUACAAUCUUCUCUUUGGUUCCAACCUGAAACUUGAAAAUGGGUCAAUAUCUAUGAAAAUUGGGGUGAGAAGUGGAAAGCUAGUUACACGCAAGGCUUCUAGAGAGCUCUUUGUUCAAAAAUUCUCAUGCAAAGCUCCAGUUUAUCAUAACUGUAGGAUAUAUGCUAGUGACGGCCGGUUGCUAUGCUAUUGUGAUCACAAAAAGCUUGAAUGGUACCUUAGCCGCAACUUAGCAAAAGUUAUGGAUGACAACCCUCAAGCUAUCAUGCUUUUGUUUGAACCCAAGGGACGCCCAGAAGAUGAAGACAAUGACUUCUACAUCCAAAGUAAAAGAAACUUGUGUGUUAGCUGUGGUGAGAACAAACAUUAUUUAAGGUAUCGGAUAAUACCUUCUUGCUACAGAAUGCAUUUUCCUGAGCACCUCAAAAGCCACCGUUCUCAUGAUAUAGUCCUGCUGUGUGUUGAUUGCCACGAAGUUGCUCACGCCGCAGCCGAAAAGUAUAAAAAACUUGUUGCAGCUGAAUAUCGUAUACCACUUUAUGUGACGAAAGUGGUAGAUUCAGGACAACUGCAACAUACUGAGACACCUGAACUGCAAGAUCAGGAAGUAGGUGUUUCACCCUUGCAACUGCGAACAGCAGCUAUGGCGCUUCUGAGGCAUGGACCAAGGAUGCCAUCCAAACGUCAUGAGGAAUUGGUGAAGGUUGUCCGGACUUAUUAUGGAGGUAGGGAGAUAUCACAUGAAGACCUUGAGGCAGCUUUACAUGUUGGCAUGAGUCCUAAUGAAAGGAGAAAAUUUGAGAAAAAAAGAGGGGCUUCCUAUAAGCAUUCCUUGGCAGAAAAUUUUUCAGGUGAGGUACCUGGGAACAAUUCUGCUGACAUGCUUGAACCGGGCAACCAUUAUUCAUUAACUAGUAAGCCCAGUGGAUCACUGGAUGCAACAGAUCAAGCAUCGGAUUUGCAGCUAGUCAACAAGCCUGAAACAAGUGUAAAGACAACCUCGUUUUCUGUGAAAGACAUCAGUGGGGAUGCAUUUACUGUUAAUGGUGUACUUAUGACUUCAGCCGACAGUGGAACCUCUGAUGACAAAGAUGUGAUGCUUUCGGAUACUGAAAAUACCUGUGAGAAUAGAAAUCCUCAGCAAGCAACUGUUGAUGGUAGAAAGGGUAAGUCAAAGGUUUCAUUAUUAGGACAUGGGCCUCAUGGGAAAAAAGUUGUGGAUUAUUUGCUCAAAAACCAUGGAGAGGAUGGGAUUCAUGUAUUUUGUCAAAGGUGGCGACAAGUCUUUAUUGAUGCUCUCCAUCCCCGUUAUCUUCCUGGCGGAUGGGAUGUAAAGCACAGUGGAAAGAGAGGUUUUGGAGAAUUUAGCGUUUAUAAUCCUGGGAAGAAGGAUAGUAAUACCAUCCCGGGGUAGCAAGUUUUGCUGAUGAGCUGCUUGAUACGAUACAUUGAUCAGAUGGUUUUCCCGGAAUCAAAAUUUUCACCAUAUAUAUCUCCUUGAUAGUUUCGAUCCUUUCAAGUUCUUGUAUGGCUUGUUUGGGAAUUGGCAUUUGUUAUCAGAUUGACACAGGUACCAAAACUGAAAUUUUGUAAUAGUAUAAAAACCAUUUAGUUUGUUAAUUUGUUUUUUUUUUUGAGAAAAAAAAACCAUUUAGUUUGUUGGACCAUGUGAUAGGUAGAUUGAUUACAAAAUUUUUUGUUAGUGUCAAAUUGUGAAGAGGCCUCAAAAAGAAAGUACUCCGUAAUACAUAACUUUUCCUUUAGCA